UUGUUCUGCAGCACUAAACGGCCCACACAAACACGUACACACACACCAGCCUACUUUCUCGUCUGCUCCCUCGUUCCAACAUGGUGCGCUGUUCCGCUCUUCCCGCGGCCCUUGUGGCGCUCGGAUCAUCCUCCUGCACGGCCUUUGUGACCCCGCUCGUGACCCGCGUACCCGUGGCGCCCUCGACUACCAGCAUGUCGCUCAAGGGUCCGGCAGGACGCUCAUCUUCGCCUAUCAACAAAGCGGCGAGCGUUGUCGGCAAGGCCCUUUUCGGCCGGCCUGGAGGGGUCAAGAUGGGGAACAACAACAACGAUGGCGGCAUGAUGGGCGGUGGAAACGGCAACAUCAACAACGGCGGGCAAGGUUCCUUCGAUGACAACGAGGAAGAGGGCAGGGGCAUGGACGCGCUCGCGAUGCUGGGCGUGCUGGCAACCGUCAAGGACGGGGCGGGGGGUGCUUGGGACGCUUACAACAGCGCCUUGGCCGACAAGCCGAUUCUUGUGAAGGCUUGCACGUCCUUUGUAGGAUUUUCCAUCGGCGACUUCCUGGCCCAGAAGGGCACAUCUAAGGAGAGCUUCUCGUAUGCGCGAUUGGCCCGCAUGGCCGCGUUCGGGUUUCUGUUCCACGGGACUAUCUCCCACUUCUUCUACAACGCGCUCGACAGCGCCCUGCCCGGCACCGCGGCAAUGACCGUCAUCCAGAAGGUGAUCAUCGACCAGGUCUUCUGGGCCCCUAUCUUCACCCUCAUCUUCUUCACGUGGAUCGGGGUGACGUCCGGCGCCUCCCCGAGCGAGAUCGUGGCCAAGGUCAAGAGCGACUUGGUGCAGGGGGUGGUGGGGUCGUGGACGGUGUGGCCGCUGGCCCACACCAUCAACUUCAAGUUCGUCCCCACCGAGCAGCGCCUGCUGUACAUCAACUCCAUCCAGAUCUUCUACAACGUGUUCCUGUCCAUCAUCGGAUCCAAGUAAAUUAGCCCCCCAUCAAGCACGAAGUCUGCGUGUGAGCUGGGGUACGGUUCGCAGCAUUUCUUGCGUUACCGAGGUGGGAGGCCGAGAAAAGAGAAGGCGGUGUCGGCCGUUUUGCAUGGCUUCGCUGCUUGUGCGUGAUUCCUGUAGCGGGAGAAAGAGAAGCUUUCCCGGUAGGUGGCUGCUGCUUGGCUAGGCUAUUGCUAGCUUGGAAGCCUUGCGAAUGUCGUGGAGUACAGCGGGGAUUUUUUCGUGUCAAAGAAGAAGCACGAGUGCUCAGGCGAGGAUUUUUUCGUGUCUUACUUAUCGAAAUCUAGAGUCUAGAGUUCCUUCCAUUCCGGGGCGGGACGAAUGAAUUGGUAAGGAACGAGUGAAGCGACGGUUUGGCAUCAUCGCAGUCGCGGGGUGAUUUCGGCCAAGUGCAGCACAUCGUGUUAGUGUUCCCCGUGCGCCAACGCUCGUCAAUAUAUAGUAGCAGCAAGCAGCCAGGCGAGGCGCAUCUAGACGCCGAGAGUUGCAUUGCAUGUAAAUUAGCGGCAGGAAUGCGCAGGGCGGGACCUUCUGAUUGGUUAACGGCCGAUCGUGAGGUUUUAUGCCGUUAGCAGGCGUCUUUGGGGCGGGGUGUCGAGGCAUUGACGACUGGUUCUUCGCUGUUGUUUGGAUUAUUUAGGCGGUUGUGUUUGAUGGGCACAAAAUGCGGACGUUUGGCUAGUGAUUUGUCUUGUCUUUUUUGUGCUUUGUUUGGGCCGCGAAGACGUAAGUGUUCCGGUUGCCGCCCCAAAGUGAGAGCGUUUAUUUGGCUUUAUUUGUUGAUAUUCUUAAAGGUGUGCCGGUUUUAAGGUUUAGAACUACACGGCGGUUUUCGUCGUGAACUACACAGAGAAGACCAAGUAAAUACCAAAGAUGC